AUGUUAUAAAGGUUUAAUGAAGACUUAAAAAUUUAUGAUUAAGCAAUAUUUUUGAAAAAAAAUUCAAAUAGAUUAAAACGCAAAGGUAUUAUUAUUGAAUUUUUAUAAAGCUGAUACAUUACUAGUUUUGGGAAGAAAAAAUGAAGCAAAAUAAGAUUAUUUUGAAGCGUUACGAAUAGGAAACCUCUCUUCUGAUUAGGAAUAAAUUCUGUAUUAAUUAGCAAGGUUAUGA